CGCCCCCAAGCAAACCCAAGAACAGGCAGUCUCGCAGUUAUUCAGCGACGAAGAAGGCCAGUCAAAUAUAUCAGGAAAUUAUAUUGCUUUAAAACCCAUUAGUAGUUAUGGCAGCAAUUCGAAAAAAGCUGGUCAUAGUGGGGGAUGGAGCCUGUGGAAAAACAUGUCUGCUCAUAGUGUUCAGUAAGGACCAGUUCCCAGAGGUCUAUGUACCCACUGUGUUCGAGAACUAUGUUGCUGACAUUGAGGUGGAUAGCAAACAGGUUGAGCUGGCUCUUUGGGAUACAGCCGGUCAAGAGGACUACGACAGAUUGCGUCCACUUUCCUACCCAGAUACUGAUGUCAUUCUCAUGUGUUUCUCCAUCGAUAGCCCCGACAGUCUUGAGAACAUCCCCGAGAAGUGGACCCCCGAGGUCAAACACUUCUGCCCCAACGUUCCAAUUAUCCUGGUGGGGAACAAGAAAGACCUGCGCAACGACGAGCACACCCGCCGGGAGCUUGCCAAGAUGAAGCAGGAGCCCGUGAAACCGGAGGAAGGCCGUGACAUGGCCAACAAGAUCAGUGCCUUCGGAUAUAUGGAGUGCUCUGCGAAAACAAAGGAUGGCGUGAGGGAAGUGUUUGAGAUGGCCACCAGGGCGGCGCUACAGGCCCGGCGGGGCAAGAAGAGCAACAAGUGUCUUCUGCUGUAGAGGGGCCACUGCUUCCUGACGUGGGAGCGUGGAGGGGGAGCAACGCGAGAGAGGAACCAACGGACCACCCCCCCCCACCCCCUGCCACCUACGACCGACCCAAA